AUGGUUGUUCUCGCAGCCUCGAUAUGCACCCGCGGGGGAAAGGCAGUACUUUCACGUCAAUUCAGAGAAAUCGCCCGAACGCGUAUCGAAGCCCUGCUCGCAUCCUUCCCGAAACUCGCAGACUCGGGUACACAGCAUACCACUGUCGAGCAGGACAAUGUGCGCUUCGUCUACCAGCCCCUGGACGAGCUAUACAUCGUACUUAUCACCAACCGUCAAUCGAACAUUUUACAAGACAUCGACAGUCUGCACUUGUUCGCUCAAGUAGUCACUAGCAUCUGUAAGAGUCUGGAUGAGCGGGAAAUCACACGAAAUGCAUUUGAAUUGUUGAGCGCCUUCGACGAGUUGGUCACUCUCGGAUAUAGGGAGAACCUCUCUCUCACUCAGAUCAAGACCUUCCUAGAGAUGGAGAGUCACGAAGAGAGAAUUCAAGAAAUCAUUGAGAGGAAUAAAGAACUCGAGGCUAGCGAAGAGAGGAAGCGGAAGGCAAAACAAUUGGAGCUACAGCGAAAGGAAGCUGCUCGUACCAAUCGCGGUAUACCAUCUCGACCUCCCUCAUACCCCAUUUAUACUCCACCUACCCGACCGGCUGUUACAGAGACCAUUGAUACCUAUGAAGCUGAGAAGAAGAAAACAUUUGCCAAGCCAAUGCCCACCCGCGGCAAGGGUAUGCAGCUUGGAAAGAAAUCCAAGACUACCGAUAUCUAUGAAAAGGUCCGCGAGGAUCUUGGUCCCGAAGUUGAGGAAACAGCCCCUCUCGUUUCUCCACAAGCAGCCACACCAGUCGUGCCGGAAUCGCGUGCAUCUUUGUCGUCUGAGCGGGCAGGCGUACAAAUCACCGUCUCAGAGACCAUUUCGGCGAAAUUGACCCGAGAGGGUGCAUUAAAAUCAUUCGAGGUCAAGGGUGAUCUACAACUUCGUAUUUCUGAUCCGGCUCUCACCAAACUCAAACUCGACCUACUCACCAACACUAGCCAUGGCGCUCAAUUUCGCACCCAUCCCAAUGUGGACAAGGCAUUGUUCACUAACUCAAAUAUUAUUCAGUUGAAGGACACAACGAAACGCUUCCCGGCCAAUAAUGCUAUCGGUGUUCUCCGAUGGCGCGUCGCCAGCAACGGCUCAGAGCACGCGGACGUUCUUCCCAUCACAUUCACUGUCUGGGUUAAUAAAGGCUCCGACUCGACCACCGUCACUGUCGAAUAUGAGCUAACCGGUACCGAUAACUUGCGGGACGUCUCGGUGACAAUGCCAUAUGGUGCCACGGAACCAUCCGUGUCCAGCUUCGAUGCCGUCUACGAAGUUGCUGGCGACAGUCUAGAAUGGAACAUCGGCUCCAUCGACACAAGCAAUGCUUCGGGCAGCUUUGAAUAUGAAGUCGUUGACCUCGACGUGGACGAGAAUGAAUUCUUUCCCAUGAGCGUGCACUUCUCCAAGACAGUCCCUUUCGUCGAAGUAGACGUUUCUAGUGUUUCGCUUCUCGAGGAGGGCCAGGAAGUCAAUUUCGCGAAAGAUGUAAAGAGUGUCUCUGACGGAUUUACGAUUGAGUAA